AUGUCGCCCUAUAGUUUUAGAAGGGGUAAAAGCUUAUUUUGCUUGAACCAUCGACUUUCUUAUGGCAGAAAGAGUCAAGAUGAUGGCAAAUGUCAAUAUAAUCUUUAUGAACAAUCUAAUUGUCAAGUGUCAAAUCAUGGAGUUGGUGCCCUCGACAUCUGUUUGAAAUUCCAGGAGAAGAGUAACAAACAAACAACUGUUGGUGCAAAUGGAUCAUUGUCAGGAGUGCAAAUCGGAACUAAGGUAUUUAUGAAAGCCCUAUCAUUUGGAGAAGUGGUCAGAUCAGGAUGUUCAGAUUGAAACAACAAGAUCAAUUUCAUCUUCUUCAAUAGUCUCUUGCAUUCAAGUUUGAGUCAAUGUUGAAAUCGGUAAAGAGGAAGUGAGAGGAGAUGGAGGUGAAGAGAGUGAUUGUGGGACGAACAUUGGAGAUUAGGGCUCUGUGAGUUCAGAUUCAAGAUACAUUUGUUGGGUUUUCAAGAAAUCUUAUGAAGCAUUUGUUACAGGUUCCUGAUUUCGAGAGUUGACAUCGUGCAAUAAGUAUGUGUGGAAAUAACUAAAUAUAAAGAAAAAAAGGCUUAUUUUGUGAAGAAUGAGGUUCUUGAUUUGUAUUUAAGGUGGAUGAGUAUCUUUUUGGAUGAAGAUAAAUUAAGUCAUCUAAAGAUAGUAAGACACCCGUGAACGUGUGUAUAUAAAGACUUCAGAAAUUCUACUAAUGAAGGGCUUUGAUUGAUUGAUCCCAAUAUGUUCGAUAAUAUGGCUGAACCAAUUAGCCGGACCUCAAACUCGGCCACAGGGAUAUCACCUCGAGCCUCUCCUAGAGUGGUAGGAAAUAUUGUUGCGUAUUCAGUUUGUACACCAUCAACAGAGACACCAACAACUUUGUCCAUAACUCUAAAACAUCCAUUAAAGCAUCAGCUAGAGUCAGGGGUGAUGAUGGCGAUGUAGAAAAAAAUUGCUUCUUCUUCAAUCUUUUUAUUUUGGUAAAAAAAAAGAUUAAUAUCUCAAUUAAACUAGAUCGCACCUCAAAAUAUAUCUGGUGUCAGUUGAUAUUUAUUGUCUUGAAAUCUUUAAGAGCAAGUGGUUAUAAUUUCCUAUUCCAUGCAUUUGGAAAAUUUAGGUUCAUAUUAACCGUGUAUAUGGUCAAUCCUUAUUUGAUUUGUCAGUUAAUAUUUCAAAUUUAAUCAUUUCGUCAACUUUUUAAUCAAGUUAAUAUAGACGUAUGAUUCCCAUGUUAGUGGUAACCUAUA